CCCAAAAACACUGAAUUAUUUCAGCGGUGAUGAUUUUAUCAAACGGAAAGUUGGUCUUAAAGAAGAAAGGAUUGUCUCUUCUGAUUGGCGCGACUAGGAUUUACUUUCCCACUUUUCUCCACGUUCCACGCCCUCAUUUCGCGCGUGUAAAUUUUGUCAAAACCUCCACUCGGAAACCCCUCAAAACUCUCUGUCACUCGCCUCCGCAGCGCGUCGGCGUCCGCAACCCGACCCUCGCUCUAGGCUUCGUCGAAAGCAGCAUCGCCGAGAAAACAAGGAACACGAUAGAGACAAAGAGGUGGUGUGUUUGGUUUUGAUUGGCUGAUGAGAGUUUAGAGUAAGUAAGAGAGAGAAAAGAGUCGCAGUUAACGAACGAACAAAAAGCCCAAUCAAUCAGCCUCCUCUGUUCUGACAACCAAAAACAAUGGCCGAGUUGACUCAGGGCGAGGUGGUCUACUCGCCCAAGACUCUCCAAGUAUGGCGGGCCUUGGUGAACUGGUUCGGCUUCUUCUUCCAGAUCUUCCUCCAAAUCCUCAGAGCCCUCGGUCACCACCCUCUCCUCUCUUCUCAAACCGCCCCCAACGCCCGCAUCCACAAGCUCACGGUAGUUCUUGACCUGGAUGAAACUCUAGUGUGUGCAUACGAGUCGUCUAGCUUGCCCGCUGUCGUUCGAGAUCAAGCUACAGAAGGUGGGUUGAAGUGGUUUGAGCUUGAAUGCGUAUCUUCAGACAAGGAAUGUGAUGGGAAACCAAAGGUCAAUUAUGUUACUGUCUUUGAGCGUCCCGGGUUGCAAGACUUCUUAAGACAAGUCAGUCAGUUUGCAGAGCUGGUGUUGUUUACUGCUGGUCUUGAAGGUUAUGCUAGACCACUUGUUGACAGAAUAGAUGUUGAUAAUUUAUUCAGUUGUCGACUUUAUCGGCCUUCAACAACCAGCACGGAAUACCGGGAGCAUGUGAAGGAUCUCUCUGGCCUAGAAAAGGAUAUGCGCCGAAUUGUUAUCGUUGACAACAACCCUUUCAGUUUCUUGUUGCAACCUUUGAAUGGAAUUCCAUGCAUUCCAUUUUCUGCUGGGCAAACACACGACACACAGCUUUUGGAUGUUCUUCUCCCACUCCUCAAGCACCUCUCACUGCAGAAAGAUGUAAGGCCUGUGCUUUAUGAAAGGUUUCACAUGCUCGAAUGGUUUCAAAAGCAGGGGAUUCCUUCAACAAGUUGGAAAUAGUAGGAUUUUCAAUAAUUAUAUGCAAUGGAAUUCCCAUUCUUCUUUCAUGCAAAUCCUCAACCGUUGCUUAGUUCAAGCCUCAAAGGGAGUGUCUGUACAGCUUCAGUGUGUGCACUGCAAUUUGUUGAUACAAGGCUGUGUUUUGACCAGAGGUCCAAGUGCUUCAUCUCACUAUCAUACGAAAACCAUUUAUGUAUCUAGAUUUGUUUACUAUGAUUUUUGUGUAACUUUGUCUAUAUUGCUUGCUGUUCUCUUCAAUCCCUUAUGUAAUUUGUUAGGAUUUUGUGAAAUUGUUGCCAAUAAUUAUUAGCAGUUUAUACGUUUCUCAUCA